UAUAGCUCACACUGUUAACAUGAGAGAAGGUAACUUUUGAGUUUAGUCGUACGCUAUAAAGCAAGCAUUUUGCGCUGCAUCCCAAUCGUAGACCUCUGAACCUCGCCCAAUCAUAUUGACAGUCUAAUUGAACAACAAAACUUCGAAUUGGAAUAGCUCUGAACUUCUUGCAGUUCAAAUAUUCUUCGACUUGGAUAUCGAUUAAAUAGCGAACAUGGUUGUUAUAUCAAAGAGAGUGAAGACCUUCGAGGUUAUUUUCAGCGAUCCUAGCAAGACUUUUUACUGCAGUGGAGACAAAGUAGCCGGGAAGAUCCUGGUGGAAGUAGCUGAGGUGACGAGAGUCUCGGCUAUGAAAGUGCUCGGAGUUGGAUGCGCAAAAGUGGAAUAUGCCAAAGGAAAGCAGAAAUGCCGAGAGGAGAAUGAGUACUUGAGAUACGAAGAGGUUGUUCAACUUGAUGACCAGCCAGCUGAUCAUGAUGGCUCAGUUAUCCUUAGACCUGGCAACAAGUAUGAGUACAUGUUUGGAUUUGAGCUCCCCCAGCAAGGGCAGAUUGUGUCUUCCUACAAGGGCAAGUUUGGCUAUGUCCAAUACUACGUCAAGGCCUUUAUGGAGAGACCUGCUCAGCCUGCCCUGGAGUGCAAGAAACACUUUGAGGUGGAGGAGCCCCUGGAUGUGAACACACCAGAUCUGUUGUCCCCUACAGGUGGCAUGAAGGAGAAGAAGGUCACCUGCAUGUUCAUUCCUGAUGGCCAGGUAUCCCUGAAUGCCAAGAUUGACCGCAAGGGGUUCUGUGAGGGUGAAGACAUCUGCAUCUGCGCCAAGUUUGAGAACACCUGCUCACGGAUUGUGGUCCCCAAGGCGGCCAUCAUCUCCAAGCACACCUACCAGGCCAAUGGCAGGACCAAGGUCUUCCGGCAGAAGCUCUCCUCUGUGCGCGGCAACCACAUCAUCUCCGGCAUGUGCGACGCCUGGCAGGGAAAGACCAUCCGGGUGCCCAAGAUCAAGCCCUCUAUGCUGGGCUGCAACAUCAUCCGUGUAGAGUACGCCCUCAUGAUCUACAUGCACAUCCCAGGCAGCGAAAAGCUGAUCCUGGAGCUGCCGCUGGUCAUCGGCACAGCCGGCCUGGGAAGCCGCACCAACAGCAUGAGCAGCACAGAUGGCUCGGUCAGCAACGCCUCAGCCAGCUGGGUGUCCCUGCGCAUGCCUUCUGCUCCCCCCAGCUACUGUGACGUCACCCGUGACUGCCGCCUGGACCAGCCCCUCACGCCCCUUCUGAAUGACUACGAUGGUGACGACAGCCCCAUCUUCAUGCACGCCUCUGCGUUCCAGUUCCCGAACCUGCCUGCCUACUCUGAGGUUGAUGAGGAGUUCAGUGGCAACGCUCACAUGCUGCAGGUCUGCUGAACUACCUUGUAGCUUCCAGAACUCUGGUCCACUGCAUAAGGGCCACUUUCGGCACUUAGCUCAAUUGAGUAGAAGAGCCUAACUACUUAUGGAGAAGUGUUGGACAGACUUUGAGAAGUGCUGUGGCGGAUAUCGGAGCUGGCCCUGCAUCGAGAAAGGAAGAGGAUGUGAAGGGCAAGAAGCUUAAGAGUUCUUGUGCCUGCGCUGUCGGCAAUCUUUGCUGCGCCAUCUAAGCUGAUCUUGUUCUGUUGCUGUUCCGGUUUCUGAACGUGCCACUGCAGACCUUGUGGUUUGCGAUGUCUUGUCCAUUAGUUUCCCACCGGGGCCGAUCACACGUUGACAAGUCCCCAACUGAUUAUGAAUAAGCUCUUUGCUUGUUGGGUGUCCGUCCUUCAUAGUGUGUAGUCAAUUCUUAUAAUUCCUGUAUUUCAUGAAAAUUGGGAUUUCAUCUGAGCAACCAUAUUUUGUUUAUUUCUAAAAUGAAAGUAAGCAAUUUUAUUAUGGCGUUUGUUUGACAGACUGAUGUUAAGAGAAUAUUUGUUGCUUUUGAUAAUUGCGACAUGUUGAGAGAUAUAUAUUCUCCCAAGACAAUCGUGCCGAGUCCAUAUAUUUUUCUGUACCAGUGUUUUUGAAAAUGUUAAUUCUAUUGCUCUGUAACUGCCUACAGGAGAUCUCCUGGUUUAGAUUUGUUUCUGUUGAGAGAAAAAAAAUGUUUGAGUGUCCAAAACAAACUUCAAUAUAUUAUGGCAAUGGCUCAAAUAGUUUCUUAUUCCAAAUGAGGGCUGUGAGACCCUAUGGGUUAGUAUCUAUUAAUAAAAAGUUGUAAUUAA